AUGAAUGUCUGUGAAGCGUCAGUGCCUCUGGUGUAUGCAUCGGGGUCUGAGUUUGUAGAGGUGUAUGUAGGUCAAGGAGCAAGAAGGGUACGAGAUUUAUUUGCUGCAGCUCGGAGACUGUCUCCUUUGAUAUUAUUUAUAGAUGAGUUAGAUGCAAUAGGCGGUAAGAGGGGCCCCGGGGGGGGCCCCGGCAGCAGCAGAGAGCAUGAGCAAACCCUUAAUCAGCUUCUUGUUGAGUUAGACGGCUUCAGCUCCUUUAAAUCGGACGUUUUAAUUCUUGCUGCUACUAAUCGAAUUGAUGCGCUCGAUCCCGCCCUACUUAGACCCGGGCGGUUUGAUAGAAUCGUUUAUGUGCCGCUGCCGGACCUGAAGGCGCGAGAGGCAAUAUUGCUGCAGUAUUUAAAGAAGGUUCCUGUUGCUGCUGCUGCUGCUGCUGCUGAUGAUGAUGAUGGGGGGGAUGAAGGAGGAGCAGCAGCUGCAGCAGCAGCAGCAGCAGCAGCAGCAGGAGAGGGGCCCAGCAGCAGCAACCCGUCAACCUCUCGUUCUUGCACACCUUCUGCAGCAGUAAAUAAACAUGAACAAGCAAACGAUAAAACAGAUAAAACAGAUAAAACAGAUAAAACAGAUAAAACAAAUAAGGAGACACAAAAAGCAAAAGAAGAGACAGACAGAGGGGGGCCUAAAUAUCGUACUAAACCUCUCCGCAGCACGAACAACAAAAAUAGCGUUCUUGCUCCUCCUCUCAGCAGCAGCAGCAACAGCAGCAGCAGCAGCAGCAGCAGCAAGAGCAGCAGCAGCAAGAGCAGCAGCAACAGCAGCAAGAAAGACAAAGAAGAAGCAAACAUACGCAAAGAAUUAGCUAGCCGGCUAGCUAAACUAACGCCAGGCUUCUCGGGAGCAGACUUAGAAAACCUUGUUAAUGAAGCUGCAAUACUUGCUGUCCGAUCAGACAAGCGUUAUUUGGGUGUAGCGGAGUUGCUGGAGGCUCGCGAUAAGCUGACGCUGGGGUCGGCUCGUCCUUCACUUCUCUUCUCUUCGUUUUUAAAGAGACAGACGGCUACACAUGAGGCGGGGCAUGCAGUUGUUGCUUUCUUUCUUCAACCUGCAGCAGACCCUAUUCAUAAAGCUACUAUCGUAAGCAGAGGAACAGCUCUAGGCCUUGUUGAACAGCUGCCAGCGGAGGAGCGUUACGGUGCUUCAUAUGAAGAUUUGUUUGCUCGUCUGUGUGUGUGUAUGGGUGGACGUGCUGCUGAGAGGAUAGCCUUCGGUGUAUCUGCAGUGUCUACGGGUGCUUCGUCUGAUAUUCAAACUGCGACAGCUUUAGCCUUUAACAUGGUUGCUAAGUGGGGUAUGAGUAAAACUUUAGGGCCCCUUUCUUAUUAUCCUGAAGCAAGAAACCGUCUCCUUAGCCAGCAAACUGCAAGACAAAUUGAUCUAGAGGUUGAGUCGCUAGUGCGUCGUGCAGAGACAGAAGCUGAGCGUUUGCUGCGCAAGCACUGGGGGGGUGUUUGCCUAAUCAUAGAAGCCUUAUUAGAACGUGAGACACUGACAGGUGCAGACAUAGAGGCAUUGUUAGAUCCUAGCAAAUACUGGUUAAAGAAAUUCGCCGAUAUAAAAUAUAAACGCCGCCUUCAAGCUCAAAUUACUACGCAACAUGCGUGGGGGCCCCUCUUCGGGGCCCCCUUAGCUUGGCUUAAAUCUCUAUUUCAUAAAUUCAUACCUCUAACUAAUCACGAAGAUCCUAUCAAACCCCCUUAUUCAAUACGGGGGCCCCCAGAAGAGGGGCCCCCUCAAGAGGGGCCCCCAGAAGAGGGGGGGCCCCCAGAGGAGGGGCCCCCUAAAGGGGGGCCCCCAGAAGAGGGGCCCACAGAGGGGAAGCCCCCUAAAGGGGGGCCCGUACAAAGGGGGCCCCCUAAAUGGAGGCCCCUAGAAGGGGGGCCCCCUGAACGGGGGCCCCUAGAAGAGGGGGGUUCAGAAGGGGGGGCCCCCUUCUUAGAGGGAGAGGAGGAGGAGGAUUCAAGGAACAGCAGCAGCAGCAGCAGCAAGAGCAACAGCAACAGCAACAGCAACAGCAGCAGCAGCAGCAGUAGACAAACGACGGGGGGUUUUGAGCCCACACACGAGGUUGCUACGGGUGGAGCAUUUGUGCAGCAGCAGCAGCAGCAGCAACUGCAGCAACUGCAGCAACUGCAGCAGCAGCACAGGAACAUCCGCCCUACCAACUUCGACAUGGACAGCAGCAGCAGCAGCAGUAGCAACAGCAACAGCAGCAGCAAGACUGAACUCUACAGCCUCCCGGAGGAGCCCCCUAUUUGGGGCCUAGGGCCAGAGUUGAAGCAGCAGCAGCAGCAGCAGCAGCAGCAGCAGCAACAGCAGGAUUAG